AUGAGAGAAUCCGCCAUUGUAUGCAACCCACAAGACCAACAAGCUCUUCUAAAAAUAAAAUCCCAUUUUCAAAACCCACCAUCAUUCUCCAACUGGAUUCCUAUCACAGACUGUUGUCAAUGGCGGAAUGUUCAGUGUAACAACGAUUUAAGGCCGGAUCGUGUAAACUUUCUAUUUUUGGAUGGUCUAAAUGAUAUUUCUGGUACAGUACCCGAUGCUGUUGGGGAUUUGGCUUACCUUAAUGUUCUUCAGUUUUCUAAGUUACCCAUUUUAAUUGGGCCGAUUCCCGAUUCGGUAACUAAACUAUCAAACCUUCAGGUUUUGGUUAUUAAAGAGAAUAAGAAUGUUUCGGGGAGAAUACCUGAGUUUUUAAGUAAGGUGAAGAGUGUACUACAACUUGAUCUUUCUUCUAAUGCUUUUUCUGGGUCUAUUCCUUCUUCUUUGUCUAUGCUUCCCAAUGUAUAA